CAUGAAGAUCCUGCACAUCGACGCCAAUGGCGAGUGGUACUUAGGCUGGAAGAAGUCAGAACUAACGGACGUGUCGUGGUACCAGCUGGUCCAUUGGGACAGCCUUCGGGAGGCGCAGAGCAAACAUAGACUAAUAACCCAAUCCGAGCAGGACAAAUGCUGCAUACUGCUGAUCAAGCUACAACAGCGGUCGGGACAGUUCCUGUGGGUCCACGUGGUACUCCAAGUCAAGGACGCUGCGGAUUCUCCUAGGCAGUUCAUCAUAGCUACUAAUCAGAUAUUAAGUGAAGAAGAAGCGUCAAUAAUGAUGGCAAACUCCUGGCUGUACCAGUACUACGGCUACCAGAACCAGCCCUGCAGCAUGCUGGACCCCCGCUGCCAGAAGUUCUUCAGGAGGGACCAAUGCUACCAGGAACAGUAUCCGGAGACCUACCAGUAUACGGAGAAUCAGGAGAUGGAAUAUCCAGGUUACCACGUUUCUUCAUAUGUACAACAGAAGCCAGUAGAAGACUACAACGGCUGUGAAAGGGUGUACUCCGAUAGAGGGCCAGUGGACUACUCCACGCACUCCCCGCAGUCCACCAUUAGUGAAGAGAGAUCACCCCACCACUACGACCCGCCACCAGAGAUCAUAGUGAACAGUAGCAUGUACAUGUACCCACACCACGGCAAAAGGGAGUACUACGAGCAGUACCCGCGAGUGCCGUACAUGACUGAACCCUGCUCCACAGCUGUUUCUGAUGGUAUGGACUACCCUAGCGCGAAACGCAUGCGAUUAGCUCCCACAACUUUGGAGGAGACCGAUGGCAUGGACCGGUGGAACCCCAGCCCACCCUGGUCGGACACCACCCUGAAGGUUCCCGACUACAACCAACGAUUCACCUACAUGAUGCCCAUGCCGCCUGCUGAGAGAGCAAUGGUCACCUAACGUCACUUAAAAUGUGUUAUUUUAACACAUUGACAGCCCAUGUGCUACAUAUAGUACAUGCCCUAUUGUUAUGCUAUUGAGUCUCGUCUAGACAGCAAAUGUGUUAAAAAUACUUGUGUGUUCUUGAAGUGAGAUCAGGGUAAAGUUCAUUGUGGAAAUUCCAUGAUGAAUACUUUUAGAAACAUUGUUCUUUUACAAUUACUGAGGUACUUUGCCGUUUUCAUGGGUAUUACCUAUUUGAUUCCAUGAAAAUAAUAUCACAUUAUCUUAGUAUAAGAAGGGAUAUUUCUCAUCAUCCAAGUCAGGGUAGCUGUUCAAUUAUUCUAUUAUAAUAAAUUAUUUUGAUAUGCAACAGAAUGAAGGUUUUCAUUCAUGAUCAUGUUAACGCAUGAUUAUCGUAUGAAGGUAUUUAAUUGUAUGUUUA